UAGGUCGGAAACCCGGACCCCAUGAGGUUAGAAACCCCCAUAGGUCGGAAAACCUGAGGUUAGAAACCUCCAUAGAUCAGAAAACCUCAGAUUUCAUUGUACGCGUGUACUGCACUUGUAGAGUACAAAUUGUAGCUGCAAAUAUGAAUAUUAGCAAAGUGGGUAAUCAAACUAGUAGUCAAGAUCCACAAGCAGUGAACAGCAGGGUAUUUGUUGGGAACCUAAACACCUUCCAGAUUGUUAAAACCGAUGUUGAAAAAUUGUUCCAGAAGUAUGGACGACUGGCGGGUAUCUCUAUGCAUAAGGGAUAUGCCUUUGUACAGUUUACAAGCCCGUUUGAUGCCAGAUCAGCAUGUUUAGGAGAGGAUGCAAAAACCUUGUGUGGGCAAAUCUUAGAUGUGAACAUGGUGAAUGAGCCUAAGGCCCAUGUUACCAAGUUGAAAGCUCAGAAGAGAAAGGAUAAGGAUGUUCCAGCUCAAGUUCUAGGAUAUUAUGUCUCUAGCCUAGGAACCAUUGUUCAGCACCCUGUACCCAUGCAAACCGGAACAGCUAAGCGUGCUCGUGUUGAUGAUGAUGACAAUGAGGAUGAAGAUGAGAGUGUUGAUGAAGAAAUAGAUCUGGACAAUCUGAAAUCUUAUUGUACUCCUGAUAUUCUAAUCUGUGGAAACUGUAGGUCAGAAAUUUAUUUAUGUACAGGGUGUCCCAAUAAACAUGGGAAAUAAGUGACGACUUCAAUA